AUGUCCUCCGAUCCAUUCCAUCUUUUUUGUUCUUCCCAUUCAUGUCUUCCGAUCCAUUCUAUUCUUUAUCUUCUUCUCGUCAAUGACUUCCGUUCCAUUACACCCUUUUUCUUUUUCUUCUUCUAUCUACGUCUUCCGAUAUAUUCCAUUUUUUCUUUUUCUCAUCCGUGUCUUCCAAUCCAUUCCAUCCUUUUUCUCCUUCUAUCCAUGACUUCCGAUCCAUUCCAUUAUUAUUCUCCCCAUCCACGUCUUCCGAUCCAUUCCACCCUUUUUCUUCUUCUAUCCAUGUCUUCCGAAACCAUUAUAUUCUUUUUCUUCUUCUCAUCCAUGUCUUCCGAUAAAUUCCAUCAUUUUUCUUCUCGUAUCCAUGUCUUUCGAUCCAUUCUAUCCUUUUUUCUUCCCAUCCAUGUCUUCAGAUCACUUCCAUAUUUUUCUUCUUCUCAUCCAUGUCUUUCGAUUAUUUCCGUCCUUUUUCUUCUCAUCCAUAUCUGCCGAUCUAUUCCAUCAUUUUUCUUCUGCUUCUCAUCCAUGUCUUCCUAA